AUGGCUGGACACAGGCCCCUAAAUUUCUACCCCCUUGCAGGCAGUGGUGGAGGCGGCCCCAGAGGGCCGGUGCCCAUUCGGGCUGACACUCAGACCUGGUUGAGCGCUCAGGCGGCCACUAGCAGGUCCUUUCGGGGGCCGGGCGGGGUCUACUCAGGCCCUGAAGUGUGGGGUUCCCCCCGGGUCCCCAGCCAUACGAAUUCCGGGGCGGGGUGUGGGCCCUGCAGGCCCUGGCUCGGAGCUGGCGAGGCAGGGGGCUGGCUCCGGAGCCCGUCCGAGGGCGCCUCCCUCGGGUCCUACAUCGUCCUGCGGUGCAUCCCGAAGUCAGCGCCGCCGGAGGACGUCUCGGCCAUAGAGAAAGAGCUGGCCAGGGAGCUGAGGCAGAAGAGGAUGACCCUGGGGCACUCGCAGGCCGAUGUGGGGUUCGCCGUGGGGGCUCGGUUUGGGAAGGUGCUCAGCCAGAUGACCAAAUGCCGCUUCGAAGCCCAGCAGCUCAGCCUCGCCAACAUGUGGAAGCUGCAUCCGCUGCUGAAAGGGUGGCUGGAGGAGGUGGAUGCGGAGAGCCUUCUGAGCAUAGGCAAAAUGGAGACGGUCCUGCAGCAGGCUCAGAAGCGGAGACGGGCAAGGAGGGAGAGGCGAAUCGGCAAUUCCCUGCAGCGCCCGAGACCCACACCCCAGCAAACUAGCCGCAUCUCUGGGCGCCUCCGGCUGCAGAGGGAAUUGGCCCAGACUUGGUUCUAUAACCGGAGCAGGAUGGGCUGUUGGCCAAGCAAUGAUGCCUCCCCACGGGAGGAGGUGGGCGCAACCGGGCCUCCUUCCCUGGGGGUACCAGUGUGCUUUCCCCUGGCACCAGGGCUCCACUUUGAUUUUGCCCGUUAUGGGGGACCCUACUUUACACUCCUGUGCUCUUCUGCCCGUUUGUCUACUGGGGGAGCCUUUCUCUCUGCCCCAGUCACCACUCUGAGCCUGGGGAGGCAGUUAGAGGAACCUGCCCUUCCAGGGAAAGACAGAGAGGGGAGAAGGGAGGGAAAGCUGGGAAAUGUCCCUGGGGUUCCUUUCAGGGAUCCACUGUCUAAAGAAAAAGUUAAGAAUACGUAG